AUGGCACCUACGGACGCAAGUCAACAGAGUACAUAUGCUCAAGCUCUUCCAACCUCCGAUGAGCUCAAGGAAGCGUUCCAGGUUGAAGUAUAUGACCGCGCAGGGGACAAGAAAGCGCUCGGUGACCUCAUUCAAGGCAAAAGACUAGUCUUGAUCUUCACAAGACAUUUCUGGUGUUUGAACUGUCAAGCAUACGUCCGCGCGAUCAGUGAGAAAAUUCCGCACUCCAAGCUUCCUCCCAACACUCAAAUCAAAAUCAUUGGCAACGGUUCAUAUCAACCAAUUGAUACAUAUGCUACCACUACUUCAUCCGUGUAUCCCAUAUACACGGAUCCAAUAUGUCGGCUCCAUAAGAUUUUGAAGUUCAAGUCUGCACUAAAAGAGCAAGAAGAUGGUGAGGAGAAGAAAGAUUACAUGCAGAAUGCAGGUACUCCAAUGAGCAGGAUAUUUGGCGGUAUCAAGGGUGCUCUGUGCAAUUUGCAGCACACCGCGUACAUUGGUCCGAAGGCCCUGAACGGUGGGGAGGUGAUUAUUGCAGCUGAUGGCACGUGCGAGUACAUGCACCGUAUGCAGAAUACGGUUGAUCAUACGAAUGUCGCCGAGUUGGCUGACCUCAUUGGCAUAGGUUUAAAAUCGAAUACCUGA